AUGAGUGUUGCAGUGUUGUGCAACCAUGGGCGCCGGGGCCAGAUAAUCACGCCUCCCGCGCCUUACACCACUACACCACGACAUGCUCAUGUCCACCUUCCCUCACUUUCACCACCUUGCGCCCAGCACAAGCGGGCCACAAGCGGUACACAAGCGGGCCACAAGCAGGCCACAAGCGGUAAACAAGCAGGCCACAAGCGGUACAUAAGCAGGCCACAAGCGGUACACAAGCGGGCCACAAGCGGUACACAAGCGGUACAUAAGCAGGCCACAAGCGGGCCACAAGCGGGCCACAAGCGGUACACAAGCGGGCCACAAGCGGUACACAAGCGGGCCACAAGCGGUAAACAAGCGGGCCACAAGCGGGCCACAAGCGGUAAACAAGCGGGCCACAAGCGGGCCACAAGCGGUAAACAAGCGGGCCACAAGCGGGCCACAAGCGGUAAACAAGCGGGCCACAAGCGGGCCACAAGCGGUAAACAAGCGGGCCACAAGCGGUAA